AUGGCCUCUUAUGAUUCCAUCCAGGCGUUUAUCCAGCGCGCCGAAUCCGACCUGUCCCGCCUCGAUAUCGUUAUCCUCAAUGCUGGCAGGUGGACGUACAACUUCAACACCGUGCCUGGUACCGGUCACGAGGAGCUCUUUCAAAUCAACUACCUCUCAACGGUGCUCCUUGCCAUCUUGUUGCUUCCUGUCUUGAGGAGUAAAGCCCCAGCAGGGACUCCUGGCCGCCUAACUAUCGUCAAUGCAGCGCUAUCUCUGACUGCAAAAUUCCCGAACAAGGACAAGACCCCGUUGCUCCCGUCAUUCGACGAUCCAAAGGCCUUCGACAUUAGCGAAUCGUACAACACAUCCAAGGUGCUGGCGCACAUGUUUCUCUGGAAACUCGUGGAAUAUGUGUCGGCCGACGAAGUCAUUGUGAACCUCGUAGACCCUGGCUUUGUCAAGGGCACAAAGCUCGCGCGCGAUGCACCGGGUCUGUUGGUGGCUCUUGGGAACAUAUUUGCCGCACUCACCGCCAGAAGUACCCGGGAUGGCGCUUCAACGUACCUCGACGCCUGCCUAAUCAAAGGAGAGGAGUCUCAUGGAUGCUUCGUAAUGGGCUGGCAGAUUAAACCGUUUGCGGCCAUGCUUUAUACGCCCGAAGGAAAACUUGUCACCGAGAAGCUGUGGCGCGAAACAAUAGACGAACUGAGCUUCGCCAAAGUGCAGUCCGUGUUAGAGUCGAUGAAGAGACAUUGA